AUGUCAGGACGCGGUAAGCAAGGAGGAAAGGCCCGCGCUAAAGCUAAGUCCAGAUCCUCCCGAGCGGGCCUGCAGUUCCCAGUGGGUCGUGUUCACCGUUUGCUGCGUAAGGGUAAUUAUGCCGAAAGGGUCGGGGCCGGAGCGCCGGUGUACUUGGCUGCCGUUUUGGAAUAUCUGACUGCCGAAAUCCUAGAGCUGGCGGGAAAUGCAGCCCGGGACAACAAGAAGACCCGCAUUAUUCCCCGCCACCUCCAGCUGGCCAUCCGUAACGAUGAAGAGCUCAACAAGUUGUUGGGCAAAGUGACCAUCGCUCAGGGUGGGGUCUUGCCCAACAUUCAGGCUGUGCUUCUGCCAAAGAAGACGGAGAGUCAUCAUAAAACCAAGAGCAAGUAA